GGCCGCCGCGGCCAUGGAGCGCCGCUGAUCGCCGCCUCCGCGGAGUCGCCGCCGCGGCCCGCCGGGAGACGAUGGCCCUGCGCAAAGUCUGCUCGGUGCUGGAAGUGUUGCUAGUAACAAUCCUUGUUGUGGAAGGGAUUGCUGUUGCACAGAAGACACAAGGUGGGCAAAAUAUUGGAUUGAAUCGCAUUCCUCCCACCCAGUGUGAUAACUGGGUACGGACCAGUAAUGGAGGACACUUUGCUUCACCAAACUACCCUAACAUGUACCCACCAAAUCAAGAGUGCAUCUACAUCCUGGAAGCUGCUCCACGGCAAAGAAUUGAGUUGACCUUUGAUGAACCUUAUUACAUUGAACCCUCAUUUGAAUGUCGGUUUGAUCAUCUGGAGGUUCGAGAUGGACCUUUUGGCUUCUCCCCUCUAAUCGAUCGUUACUGUGGUCUGAAAAGUCCUGCACUAAUUAGAUCAACGGGGAGAUUUAUGUGGAUCAAGUUUAUUUCUGAUGAGGAGCUGGAAGGAAAGGGAUUUCAAGCAAAGUACUCAUUUAUACCAGAUCCUGACUUCACUUACCUAGGAGGUAUUUUAAAUCCCAUUCCAGACUGCCAAUUUGAGCUCUCGGGAGCUGACGGAAUAGUACGUUCCAGUCAAGUAGAACAAGAAGAAAAAACAAAACCAGGACAAGCAGUUGAUUGCAUAUGGACAAUUAAAGCUACUCCAAAUGCUAAGAUCUAUUUACGAUUUCUGGACUAUCAAAUGGAGCAUUCCAAUGAAUGCAAAAGAAACUUUGUUGCUGUAUAUGAUGGAAGCAGUUCUAUUGAAAACCUGAAGGCAAAGUUUUGCAGCACUGUAGCAAACGAUGUCAUGCUGCAGACCGGAACUGGUGUGGUGCGAAUGUGGGCAGACGAAGGCAGCAGACUAAGCAGAUUCAGAAUGCUCUUCACUUCAUUUGUGGAUCCUCCCUGCUCAGGCAACACUUACUUCUGCCAUAGCAACAUGUGCAUCAAUAAUUCUUUAGUCUGCAAUGGCAUUCAAAACUGUGCAUACCCCUGGGAUGAAAAUCACUGCAGAGAAAAAAAAAAAUCUGGAUUGUUUGAACAAAUCACCAGAACACACGGAACAAUCAUUGGCAUAACAUCAGGGAUUGUUUUAGUUCUUCUUAUCAUUUCAAUUCUAGUGCAAGUAAAGCAACCUCGCAAAAAGGUUAUGGCUUGCAAGACUGCUUUCAAUAAAACUGGCUUCCAGGAAGUAUUUGAUCCUCCACAUUAUGAACUGUUUUCACUGAGGGACAAAGAAAUUUCUGCAGAUUUGGCAGAUUUAUCAGAAGAACUUGAAAACUAUCAGAAAAUGAGACGCUCUUCAACAGCUUCCAGAUGCAUUCAUGACCAUCACUGUGGCUCUCAGGCCUCCAAUAUAAAACAAAGCAGGACAAACCUCAGCUCCAUGGAACUUCCCUUCCGCAAUGAUUUUGCACAACCUCAGCCAAUGAAAACAUUCAAUAGCACAUUCAAAAAAAGUAGUUACACUUUCAAACAAGCACAUGACUGCCCUGAGCAAGUCAUAGAAGACAGAGUGAUGGAGGAGAUUCCAUGUGAAAUCUAUGUUAGAGGAAGAGAAGAUACAGCACAAGGUUCAUUAUCUAUCGACUUUUAAUUUCCUAGUGAAGGUGGUAUUGGUGUACAUAAAGGAUGCUUGUGUAUAAGGACAGUGUAUAUAUUAAAAGUGUAUGAUAUGCAGCGUGUGAGAUGCACACACUUUUAGCCUAUUAUACUUCAUUAAAAAAAAAAGUCUUCAUAACUCACUCUUGCUGAAAAACAGUGGACUUCCUCUCACUUUUCCAAGCUACCCAUUCAGCAAAGCAAAAGACAGUUUUUGCAUGGAAAUUUGAAGUUAAGAAUAUUGGAGGAAGAACAGCCACUAUCAUAUAGAUCAGCAAAAACAGUGACUACUAUUCUCCUCUUCAUAUCAUUUUCUCUUCUUUAGAUGUCCGCUUUUCAAGGCAAUUUUAAUACCUCAGUUACAUAAAUAAAAGUAGUUAAGCAUACCAUAUGUAUGUCAACAUAGGUGUCUGAUUGUAUUUGUCAAACUGAAAGAGAGUUAAGUGCCAGUUAAGACUCAAGAAUUACGUUACAGCCAUCUGUUUCAUCUUGCCUACCAUUUUAUAUUGCCUUUAAUUAUCAGUUCCUCACUCUAUGCUUUGUGAGAAAUAGACGUAAAGGAUUACUGCCUCUUUAAAAGAUAUUGAGCUAUAUUAAUUUGGGAAUAUGAUCUUUGCAGCUUGCCAUUAAACACAAAUAAGUACUCACGUUAUUCUAAAUGCAGUCUUUCAAGAAGACUUAGCAUUUUAAAAGAUUCUGCCAUUUAUUAUAGAUCCACGUGACUCCACCGAUUUCACAGCUCUGUGGUUAAAAAAUAAUUUUGUUCCUGUGUUUUCCAAGUGUUUACAUGAACAGACCUUACUGUACAUUUCUCUUUUAAAAUAGCCUUUCAGUCCUUAUGCAGCCAAUCUUCCCUGCUGAAAUCGCUGAUGAUACUUUAGCUCAUCUCCUGCCUCACUGAAAAGAAUUGCUGAGAUCUGUGUGAUCACAAGGUAUACGAAGAUAGUGGAAACAAGGAGAAAGCAAAGCAACUCUUAUUAACCUUUAUGGCUCCCUUCCCGUGCCCCUUGUUGCCACUUGAAAACUUGCAUAUUUCACAUUUUUUAAUGGUGGUUUGGACCUAAUUUUAACAUUUUUACAAUAUAGAAUAGAUUUGCAAAUAUUGUAGUUCUCAUUGUGUUUUUUAGACUUUUAUAUAGUUUGAUACUGUACAGACUAUUUAUUAAAUCAAAAUCUAGCACCUGUACAACAGGCUUGUUUCACCGUCCAUUUUAGCAGCUCUGAAUAACAUGCAGUGGCUGCUGUGUACCUUGCAGUUUGCCAAGCACACGCAGUGUGACUUCUGCAUUAGCUUAUAGUUUAUUCCCUGAUUUGUUUGGGUUCAUUCUGCUAUUUUGUUCACAAUAAACCUUUUACUAAAUGUGGCCUAGCAGCUUGCACUAGGUAUGUCCUUUAUCUGUGUAUGUAAAACCACAUUUACAGUGAUAUGUUUGUUGUAUUUACUACACUCCAAAAAGUAAUAUAUUACUCCAGCAACUGAAACCUCUUUUCUUUAAGAGCUGAACAGUUAUAACGACUAAUGGCCAAAAAAACCACAAAACAAACAAACAAAAAAACUUACAAAUGUUUAAAAGAAAAUGCAAAAUCUCAUAAAUGUAAGAAAUUGAUUGGAGGUGGGUGAGCUGAUUAUCCUCAAUACUUCCCAACUUCAAAAUUAAGCCUGUCAUAUAUCUAGAAAGUACAUAAUCAGAAGCUCAUCCAUCAGACCCCUGUGACUACAUCCUGGUCUCAGCCGUUGUGCUUCCUUGAAACAACCACAGAGGGCGUUAUUUCUAGAUGCAUUUCGUGUCAGAAGACAAAUGUUUAGAAAAGAAUAAUAAUAAUAAAAUCUAGUUAAUUUUGACUCAACUUUUUAAAAAAUAUUUAAUUAAAACAUUUAUUGACAAAUUUAAUUUACUUCUAAUUACUUUCAGUAAUAAAUAUGUCAUUAUUACCUACGUGGUACAGAAUGUUAUUUGCAACAGACUUCAUUCCACGUUCUUAAAACAAGAAAUGACCCAUGUAAAACUAGUAUUUAUGUCCAUAUUACUCUAGUAGUGCUAGGUUUGCAUGAUAAAGUUUCCUUUUUAAGGCAUAUUUGUCCAUGUGAUAAAAUAUUGUGGUCCAUAUUCUUUCCUAAGUUACAUUAUCUUUGAAUAGUUCACUUGUAAUAGUAAAAUAAAAUUUAAAUAAAUAAUUUUAAAAAUCCAGCAGCCCUGCAAAUUGAAAAUCUGUGGAAGAACAUAGGAAAAGCACUACUGAAGAAUUUUCAAAUCACCUGAAUAAUGUUGCAGACUCCAUAGCAACUUUCUGGUGGCACGGUCAAACUAGGCAAACUCCCAUGACCAGUUACAUCUUGUGAGUAAGGUUUUCUGCUAACCUCAGGCUCAGCUCUCCCAGCUUCACUCUCUCCUCUUCCUCACUUUCUAAGUUAUUGUCUGUGUGUGUGUAGCUUAUAGCAUAAAGCUGAGGUCCUGCUGUUUAGUUAACAUCUGCUCCUGAUUCCCAGUAGAGUGAGAACUCUCCUGGAGGGAGAUUUGCAGUAUUUCAGUAAUAACAGACCAAACCCGUACUGUGGCAACAGGUGUACAUUUGAAUAGAUCUGAGAGGGAAACCAAAAGGAAUGAUGUCUUCUAUAGACUUUUACAAAUAAAAAGGACAGGGAAAACAAAUAUCUAUUGCUGCUUGUUUUAUUUGAGGUAAGGGGGAAAUAAACACUGAAACCCAAAAACCUGAAAGGAAAACCUCACGUGGUUACUACAUCAAAACAGUCACACAUCCAUAUAUUUCAUCUAAUGUUAGAUUAAGCUACUUGCUCUGCUUUAAGAAAUGAGUGGUGACCACUAGAGUCAAAAUUUCAUUUCCAGUAGAAUCGAACUCCUUUUACUACAGAGAAAAUAAAUGAGUAAAUGAACUGCUUGGUAUUACUCAGUACAGAAAGCUGCUACUUUCAGCAAAAGAAUCCCAUAGUGGUUUUGAAGACUCAAUCCAGUUGGAGUUGAAGUGUUCUUUUAAAUUCCUUUUUUGGUGUUGGUGAGAAACACCACCCUUCCACGUGCUUACAGUAUCUGAGCACUGUGAGAGCAUUUCCACUGUCUCCACAUCAAAUCCAUACAUUUCUAGGAGCAUUCUGAUUUGGCACUCAUUUGUAUCCACAUCCCCUAUUGCACGGAUUGCACAUAAAGAAAGAUGCAUGCCCUGGCUAUAGAGACUGACCAAGAAACAGUCAACAGCACCAGGUGUGUUCUGGUAUUUGUAAUUCAUUUGUACUUUUUAUGGUAAUGACACAGACAUCAAACUAUCCAGCGUGAAGCAUUUAUUUUUAUAAAAGGUGUAAAAGUAAAUCUAUGGGUGACUUGAAAAUAAGUGAUGGAGAACCAUGAUCCUAGGAAGCUUUUUAAGGAGAUGCCUACCCUUAUAGAUAUGACAACAGUGGUACAGGAAACUCAAACUUAACACUGUUAAAGACUGAAGUGCUUCACCAAGAAGUAUUAAUUUGUCCUUAAAAUGCAUGAAAUCAUCUUGUAUAGGUAUGAUGACCCUCGUAGUACACAUAAAUCAUAGUGGUACAUGAUGAUGAUUACUGUCUAUUCUUACUGAACUAGUAUAAAGAACUCAUGAAAAGAGCUGUCAUUGACUUACUUACAGAAUUCCUUGUCACGUAAACACUUAACAGAAUUUAAGACAUUAAGAUACAUUUUGUUUUGGUUUUUACAUGGCACAAAGAAUUUUCUGUAUCAGCAGCAAAUCGCUGUGACUUGAGGAAAAAAGGAUUUCCUUAUUUUCAAAUCAAUUUUGUAUUUAAAUAGACGUCUUUAGUAUCAAAAAUAACAAUAAAAUUUGAAUUUCCAUACUAGUCUUCAGCACCUAUUUUGAGAAACCAAGAGAAAAUUACAACCUGAAAUUGAACUACUUUAUUCAUAUGGAUAUACUGAAAGUUGUUUACUGAUUAACAUCCCUAUAUGACCAAGUUUCUGCAUAUCUAUUCACAGUAAAAUUAAAUCAAAUCAGUAUACUGUUACAUGUUCUUCUUUCAAAGUUCUGCUAUGAGCCUUAAUAUUUCUCAUAGAUAUUCUCAUUUUUAUAGAAUGCUUGUCAAAACACAAUUCUUAAUCUAUGUCAGACAAAAAUUGCAUUAUAUGACAUCUCUGUUGCACCUCAAUGUUAAUUUUAAAGUCCUUUCCCUGAUCCUAAUUGAAAAUCUUUGGCUGAUUCCAUGUUUUGAAAACAAGAAUGUAUAGUAUCUAUCCCAAUCCAGCAAUACAGAAAAUAGUAUGUUUAAGAUUUCUGUUCCUGGGGUUUCCAAUAACUAUCUCCAUACAGGAUAAAUCUCUCCUAUGAAUACACAAAUAAAUCACAUGUCAGUGUGCUCUAAUAUGUGCUUCUGUGUCACAGUGAAACAGCAAACAUACUUCCACAUUCAAAUUCCUUUGCUACGCUCCAUUUUACAGAAUCAGCUUAACAAAAAUCUGUUUUCCAUCUGUUUCAUACAUCAACAGCAACAGUCAUUUAUUCCUUCUCAACUUAUUCCUGCUUAUCUAGCUACGAAAGAUAAUCCACCAUAUAUCAGAUAAAACAGCUUAGUUUCCAUAAGUGUCUUCUUAUAGAGCCAGGCCCAGAGAGAAAGAAAGCAAGAGCUUAAUGUCUUGGCACGUCUUUCCAUUACCAUCAAGGUAAUUCAAGGUAGCAUCUUUCAUAGGAGAAAACCAUAAAAUAUAUGUGUCAAGUUCUACUCAAGAAAAAAAUAUAAUGUUAUAGUCAACCAAAAAGUACUUAAGAACUAUACACCUCUAUAUGGGAACGGUUGAGUCACAGCAUGAACCCCUGACUGAGCACCUGGGGAAAGGACCUGAUCAGCCCUGGCAGCACAGGUGAAGGCAGUUCAGCUGUGUGACUGGAGGGAGUGGAGCCUGGCUGCACCUCUCUUAGACCUCAUUUAAGGGCUGACUGCCACUGGGGAAGGAUUUCUCUCUAGAGAUCUCUUCCUAGUGGAGUUUUCCCCUGCAAACCUGCAGUCUUCUGCUACAGGUGAGCAAUCUUGUUCUUUUCCUUCAUAGCACCUUCCUGUUAUGCUGGUCCUGCUGCUAUCACAUCUCUGUUGUAAUGCCUUUCCUAUUGUAUUGAUCUCUCCAAUUGCUAUGACCUCAAAAUCCAAAACUAUUUGCUCUUUUAUAAUCCUAAUAUUUUCUCAGUGUAUGACCUCUCAAUGCUACAAAUAUAUUUAAAGGAUAAACACAUCACGGUUCUCUCUGAGCAGCUAUAUCCUCUCCCCUCAAACAGGUUUUCAAGAGGUAGUUAAAGUUUUAAAUCUUAUUUCAUUAUUUUAUUAAUUGAUGUAUAGAUAUUAUUACUUACAUCUCACAACUUCAUUAUCAUCUACAUAAAAAUUGCUUCUCCCUUUUUUCCUUCCAGAUAUAUUUAUGAAGUAAGAAUUAUACUUUAGGUUUAUCUUUAAGCCACAGCACUGCAAAGCCUAAGCAUCAUGCUAAUUUCUGGCUUUAAAGCAGAGCUUACUUUUCACUGAAGAGUAAGAGACUAUAAGGGAAAGUUGAGGUUUGCACAAUUAUUUCUGUAACAUCAAAUGAACACAGUGGAACUGGAAUGAAGUAAAUACGUUUUCUAGUACACACAGUGCAAUACUUCAAGGCAAAAUACCAGAAUCAAGAAGGCUUAUGUUUUGUUUUUCUAAAAUGAGAAAAUGUUUGUUUGCCCUGGUUAUCAUGCUUAUUUUCCUUGUAACACUUUAAUAACAAUUACAUUCACCUGAAUUCUUUGUUUUAAAUCCAAAAUGAGAGACAAAAUACCACUGAAAACUUCUGAGGAAUGUUUAACUCACCUUCCAAUGCACUCAAAUUACUUUCCAGGUAAUAAAGCAUACAAUCCUACUUCAGCAAUAUGUUAGCUGCCCUCACUUCAAUGAACACCCUCAAUACUCCUAAUAAUUUGGACUAUACCGGAUGCUAGUACCAAGAAUUUACUGGAUAGCAUUCUCAAUUACUAUAUGAAUACUACAUAAAAGGACUACUUUGUGAUUAAUGGGGAUGUAAAAGGUAGGCAAACACUCUUUAAAGCAAUUAUGAGAAUAAGAGAUUCUUAGACAAGUCAAUAAAUCACAAGUCUCUUAAACAUUGUAAUUAAUCUUCUAUUUGUAAAGAACAAACAGCCAAUGUACAUAAGCAGUACUACUCAUUACUGGCUCUCCCACUGUACCUUUAAUAACCCAACAAAGCAAUUGAAAGUCUGAGGUGAAGCCAAAUCAUUUAAAUUUUUUUCUGUAGUAAAGAAAAACAAAGUAGCAGAAUGAAGAUAUUUGCUUUGCACUUACCAGGAGCGUAACUAUCAA